ACUAAUAAAUAUUAAGAGGGCAGCACAAACCAAUGUGAAUAUAUAUUAUCAUCUUUUGAACCUAACUUAAGCUGAAAACAAGUCAUAGAGACAGGCAUUAUUUUGACCCGUCAAGAAUAUCUGCGUUUACAGCUGAUAUCGCUUUGAACGUCGUAAUAACAAAUAGUGAAUCCAGGAUGAAUUUAACACCAAAAUCAUUUAAAGAAAGACGUUCAUUUGCACAAAGGGUUGCAGAUGUAGAAUUAAUUAGACAACAUCAUCCAAAUAAAAUACCUAUUAUUGUUGAAAGAUAUUAUGGAGAAAAACAAUUACCUGUAUUAGAUAGAUCUAAAUUUUUGGUACCAGAUUAUUUAACAGUGGCAGAAUUCAUCAAAAUUAUUAGACGUAGAUUACAGCUACAUCCAACACAAGCAUUUUUUCUAUUAGUAAACCAAAGAAGUAUGGCUAGUGGUAGUAUGACUAUGGCACAACUUUAUCAAAGAGAACAAGAUGCAGAUGGUUUUCUUUAUAUAGUAUUUGCUAGCCAAGAAGUAUUUGGCCAUUAAAUUUCAUCAUUUUAGAUUAAAAGUAAAUCUAGGUAAGAAAAUUUUUUCUUAGGAUAUACUAUGUGCUAAAUAUUUUUAAGGAUUCUUAAGAAGAACUUGAUCUAAUAUAACUUACAUCUGCCUUUAACUGAAUAUGCAGAAUCUUUGUGAUCGACUUGCAGUACCUGCUGAAAUAAUUAAUGGAACAAUCAAGAUUGUCAUUUGUGUGUAAAAUUAUUAUGAUGCUUUGAUACACAAAUCAAGUAUAUUUUACAUAAGCUAAAGUAUAAGAUUAAUUUUAUUGCUGAAACACAUUUUUAUGAUUCUUUGAUUGCUAUAGAUAAUAACUAUAUCAAUCAUUAGUCUCAAUAGAUAAUAGAAAUAUCAAUAUUUAUAGUUAGUUAUAACUAAUUUGAAUUUGUUUAUUUGUAUUCAUCAUAUGAAUCUAAUAGAUUUUAAAUAUUUAUGAAAAAAAAAGUAAUAUUACAUACAAUACAAUAAUAAAUAGUGGCCAGUUACAUGUAAUAAAUUGUAAAAAAUCUUUAUAAGCAAAAAGUGAAGUCAAAUCUUAUUUACAUUCUUUUGUAACUAUUAUAUAAAUUAUGUAAGAAAUGUUACAAUUAUAUAUAUAUAUCAAUAUAUA